UAUAAAUGGCUGGUGGUGUCCGGGAGAAAAUUGGCAGAAGAAUAAAAUAAUUACAAAAAUGGCGGCAGCUCUGCCGGACGAGCUAUGGAGGCAAAUCCUAGAAAUUGGAGUCCGAAAUUCCAGCCUUACAUACAAGGACUUAUGUUGCGCCUCAAUUUCCUGCAGUCGCCUCCACCGAUUGUCCAACGACGACUCAAUUUGGUCCUGCGUCCUCGCUGCCGAUUUCCCUGUGCUCAAACAGCAGCAAUCUCAAAACCCUAACUUGUCGGUACCUUCCUCAGCCAAAUCCUUAUACAGAAUCAGCUUUGAGAAGGAGAGGGACAGGAAGAUGGCGGCACACAGAAGGGCGGUGCUUAGAAAGGAAAGCCAAGUUUUCGAGCGUAGAAGAAGGUUAAAGGAAACCGAGAAUCGAUUGUGUCAGGAGAGUGAGAAAUUGAGAGCUGCAGCUAUGGAGUUGUCCAAUUUGCAUAAGGUCAGGCAAGCUUCCGUGGCUCUGAAUGUGUGGCAGCCACAAGCCGUUAGGGGAAGACAGAAGCAAGUAGUAGAGCAGUGUUCUGUUCCUGUUGAAUCUCAGUUCAAUUCUCUUGAAAUGGAAAUCAAGCUUUGCAAGCAGCAGAUUGCUGGGUUGAAGAAGACUCAUAGAGAUGAGCAACUUAGGCUUGAAGCAACAGAAAGGGAGCUGCAAUCAAUGAAGUACCAUCCAUUACAAGAAUGUAACAAUGCUGGUGGUGAAGGAAGUAGAUCUAUCCCCAAGAGGAAGAAACUGAUGAAAUCCAUCGCCUGUAAGACAUCUUAUAUGAAUGUUUUUCGUAUACUCGCCUUGCUCAGUCCCUCAAUUGCAGCGCGAAGCAUCCCGAGAGGACCAUACCUAAAUUGGCUGCCUCAGCUGAUUUGCCUCUCAUUUAGGCAAUUGGUCGAUGUUCAGUUGGGAAUCAAAUACCUUAUGUUAUGCCGAAUUUGGCCGCCAUAGCUUAGAAUGCAGAAGUGGAUGUUUCCUUAAUGCAUAUGAGUUCGAUGAAGCUCGGCUGGUGAAGUGGCAACUUCCAGAAAUUAACUGAUAAACCAACUCAAGGAAGCUCUGCUGGUUCCGGAAACCGAGACAUUCAGUUGUAUGUCUGACGGAGGACUUUGAUGGAUGAAUCACAAGCUCAAUACUUGUACUACACGCAAAGAGGUCCCUGGGUCUAGCAAUGAUGUACCUAAAUAUUUCAGGGUAUGUUCACGCUUAUGAGUUGACUGUUGACGCUUAUGUUGUUGAUGAAAUUACAGUAAAAUACCAUAUAAAAAUAGCAAACUUGUUAUUUGGGGCCAAUUACCACACAAAUACCAUUUAAUAUAGAACUUGUUAUUUGGUAUGUGAUAUUUGGUCUCAAACUUGUUAUUUGGGAAA